ACACCAACAACAACAAUCACUACCACAACCACAACACCAACAACCACCACAACACCAACAACAACAAUCACUACCACAACCACCACAACACCAACAACCACCACAACACCAACAACAACAAUCACUACCACAACCACAACACCAACAACCACCACAACACCAACAACAACAAUCACUACCACAACCACCACAACACCAACAACCACCACAUCACCAACAACAACAGUCACUACCACAACCACAAGACCAACAACCACCACAAUACCGACAACAACCACAACACCAGCCACACCAACAAAAACCACCACCACAACUACCACACCAAACACAACCACCACAAAACAGAAAACAACCACAGCAACUAGCAAAGAAACCUCCAGGCCUCCAAUUCCCCACCCAACAAUGCAUCCAGAACACAUUUCCUCCAGCACCAGCAAUAAGUCCUCUUCCAACACAACAAGCAGUCAUUCAGUAAGCAGCCCUGAGACCCACACUGGAGUUACAAACCCUUCCUCCACCAACAACAAAGAUAGCAGAACAGAACAUGUUCUCACGAACAGCAGCCCAUCAUCUAACCAGGGUGAAGGAGUCCCUGGCUGGGCGAUCGCUUUACUCGUGCUGGCUGCCAUCGCCAUCCUGCUCCUCAUCAUCAUAAUCAUCAUCCUGCUGCUAAGAUGGUGCUGUGUGGAUAAUGGCGACGACGUUCGUUCUCUGCCACCACAAGAACACACUCCCUACAUGAGAACCACCUUCAGAGAGCCGCUGUCUGUUCCAGCUUACAGCCCUCACACACCGCAAAAGAACCUUUAUCCUUUCGACGAUCUACCUCAAAGCCCAAAACCUAAACCCAACCGGACAGGGACGUACGAGGUGAACCCAGAGAAAUAAUGAAGUUAAGCGGCAAAGCUGUAACUGAGAUUUUAAAGAGUUGCUGUGGACUGAAAAACGGUGUGGACGCCACCUGCUCAUGACGUCCGCUUCUCGACAAAAAUCAUCAUCUCAGGAAUAUGUAUAAGUAUUAUAGCCAAGUCAUAUAAAAAUUGGUGUCAUACUAUUUAUUAUCCAUUUAUUUAAAGUGAUUCUGAGGCAAGCGCUUUGAAUCUUAUCUGAGGGAAAGAUCUACAGUCACAAUUAAGCAAAAAACAACGGUAAAUGGCAGGAUUCUGGAUUUAUAUAUAUAUAUAUAUA